AUGGCCAAGCACAGCUAUUUGGUUAGUGUCCUAGCACUGCUCGUCGCGGGCUACACGGCGGCGCUAUCAUCGGCCACGACGACGACGUUCAUCGUCGGUGACGACCAGGGCUGGACGAUGACCGGCGUGGACUACGUCGCUUGGGUCCAAGGAAAGACAUUCGCGAUCGGAGACAAACUAGUGUUUAACUACCCGAGCGAGGAGCACACGGUGACGGAGGUGGGCAGGACCGACUACUUCGCCUGCGCCGGAGGCAACGCGCUGAGCAACGACCGCAGCGGAUCGACCAACAUCACGCUCACGGCGCCCGGCACGCGCUACUUCAUCUGCAACAUCCCAGGCCACUGCACCGCUGGCAUGAGGCUCGCCGUCACGGUCGCCGCCGGGGGUGGCUUGCCUCCGGGAGCCACGACGCCGACCGGCGACGCUGCGGGCGCUUCGGUUCGGCCGGUGACGGGCUCCUUCAUCGUCAAGGCGAUCGCGGGGGCUAUGAUCAAGCUCGUGCUGUCCUGA